CUUCUAACAUACACAGUUUAUUAGUGGUAAAGUGUUAUUGGCAUUUAUAAUGGUUCGGGUUCAUGAGAACGCGCGCCGGAGCGAACCACACGAACAGAACCCCCCUCAGAAAAGAGCAGAAUCAAUGAGCCACGACUCCCACGUCAGUAACAGUGGAAUUCAAGAUGGCGGCCGAGGGCGACUACGAGUCCAUCCUGUGCGUCAAGCCCGAUGUCAACGUUUAUCGCAUCCCGCCGCGAGCGUCAAACCGCGCGUACAGGGCCGCCGACUGGAAGCUGGACGCACCAGACUGGUCUGGGCGAAUGAGGAUCACAGCCAAGGGCAAAGUGGCCUACAUCAAACUGGAGGACAAAGUCUCAGGGGAGCUUUUCGCCCAGGCUCCGGUUAAAGAGUAUCCGGGUGUGGCCGUGGAAACAGUCAGCGACUCCAGCCGGUAUUUUGUUCUGCGGAUACAGGAUGACAAUGGUCGCAGCGCUUUCAUAGGCGUCGGCUUCGGGGACCGAGGAGACGCCUUCGAUUUCAACGUAGCUUUGCAGGACCAUUUCAAAUGGGUGAAACAGGAGAAUGAAAUCAGUAAAAGUGCCCAGCUUGGAGAUUCAGGUCCGAAGCUGGACCUGGGCUUCAAAGAGGGACAGACUAUCACGCUCAACAUAGGGCAAGGUAAAAAGAGGGAUAAGCCCCGCCCACAUAGCUCAGGUGGCUUUGGGCUCCUCCCACCACCUCCUGGAGGCAAGAUCGCCCCGCCCCCUUCAUCAGCCUCAUCAAAUCACAACGUAGCUCCGCAGUCAGGUGGCACAGCGACAGGCUGCCUGUUGGAGCUGGACAGUAGUAACUCUAACACAGUGGUUCAGUCAAAUCCUAGCUCAGACCUUUGGGGAGACUUUUCUGCUCCUGCAAGCUCCGUUCCUCCACCGUCACGGCCACAGAACUCUGCCAACUGGAUCCAGUUUUGAGUCGUCGGCUGUUUCGUGGGUUGUGAUUCCAUCUCACUUGCAUCUGUGUCCGUAGCUUCCCGCGCAUUACACUGACAGUAACCGGCCCCAAAGCAGAGACGUGAAACGCCACCGAGCUGUAGAAGCCACCGCCCUCGACGUCCUUUCAUUCCGAACAAAUCCUAGUUUUUUCACCUACUGACAGGAAGUGAAGCAUCAGUGUGUGAAAGCCAAUAUUUGAGCCAUUCCUAACAAAGGGCUACGUGUGCUGUCCUGAGCAUCAGGUGUUUCUCCCACGUGUGUCUGCAUCGCCUCCCCAGUAGGGGGCCCACCGACCUCAGCUAUGCUGGGCCUGGGGUGUUUGGGCCACAGCUCCCCCUGCAGGCGCUGCAUGGUACAAACAGUUCAAUUAUAAUAGCACUUAUUUACAGAAAUGAAAUAUUUAUUUGUAUUAAAGCUGAUCUCUGCUGAUGAAUAGUUUGAGGCCCUGACUGAGCGUGGCGUCAAAUGGCUCCAAAACCUCUGACUGUAUUAAAAUAGAAGGACUUUAUGUCAAACCAUUCAUCUAAAUCACCUUUAUCACGCAGCCUGCACAUAUUUAUAGUAUUCUUCUGUGGCUUAUUAAAUCUAUAAAUGUAUGUUUAUGAUUCUGGUCAUGUGCUUCAUACACUGACACCAUCAGCCUAAUGCUGUGUGUUCACCUCAUCUAAGAAUUAAACAUGUCCGUGUUCACGUUACCCACUGAUGUACAAAGGGAAACGUUUAGUUUGGUUCUGUUCGAACCAAAUGUACGAGCUGCUCUGAGCGACAACAUAUGUAAACAAACAAACCUUUAUUACUAAUGUUAGACUUCUUUCAGGGCCGAUGGGAAACAGAUGAUUGUUUAACUUGAAUGUCUUAAUGGCAGCAAAUGAUAGGUGAAUGUUUGCGCUGAUUGUGAUUCCUUGACUGUGAAUUGUCUUUGUUUGCUCUGAUCACAUCACAUGAACUGGACCGACACUGAGGGCUGAUGACUUGACCUGUUGACAUGUUGUGUUUACGUUGCUUGUAUUGCUGGCUCAAAUAUAGAAAUGUCUCCUGUCUCACUCAUCCUCUCUGGCUGUAGAAUCACUGGACUAACACUUGAUUUAUGACCAGUUCCAUGAGAAAGAGGCAAUAAAUCCUAUCAGGGGACUUGU